UGGUGGAUGAAGUUGCGACUGGAGCGAGACAGAGAUAGAGUACCUUUUCCCGACCUCCGGGCUCAAUGAAGUGCUGACUACGCCACUGCAUCCGCCACACUAGCUGUGACUUAUCAGCCACAGUUCUGGGCCCGUGAUGUGGCGGUGCAACUUUCCCGCGUGCGGCGAGUUUGGGCACACUUCUUGCCUGCUCCGCUUUCAUAUAUGGACAGUUCUAUACAUUGAGGCGUGGGGAUGCAGCAUUAGUUUUCAAUAUGAUGGCUUGAACACACUGUAAUACCCUCCGCGUAGUCCUUUAAGUGUACUGGAGUAAUUUAUAAAACAUCAAAGGGCCUGUAUGAUGGCCCCCAAUGGGCCGAUAUCAGCCGAGGGUCUUGGGGCUGAAAUCUAAGGGGCCGUUUAGCGCUCUCUCACGUUGUGGUUUGUCUCUCUUUGCCCGCUCCGCUCGUCGAUCUGGCCUCAAGACGGACCUCUGCACGCUUCCGUCCAUUCUUCUCGACACUCUCUUCGGCCUCUUUUUCUUUUUCUUUUUUCUUGCCCUGUGAUGGGGACGUUUCUCUUCACUGUCUACAAUCAUUAAUCUCGAUCCCACCAUUGCUGUUGUGGUGAAGAGCUGCGCGCUGUUGAGAGCUUCGUCAUAGCAGCUUUCAAUAGCUAUUGCGCCCUCUGGAUUCGAUUCCUCUAAUUUGGCGACUCACUCACGACCCCACUAGUCUUAUAGCUUCAUUCACUUUUUUGACCUUAUUCCAUCGUUCGAUUCUCACCUGUUCCGCCCAUCCCCCUUGACCCUCGUCCGUCACGUCUCCGCGGAUAAAACCUGCAACCAUAAUGGGCCAGAAAUCGAAGGAUACAUUGGCCGUACGGCCGCAGAGCCGUGGUCGGCGCUCUCGCAGUCGCUCACCGAACCCUAAGGGUGCGAAGCCUGCAAAGAUUGCUAGCUACGCCUCGGACGGUGUGCGAGACAAUGACAUUCUCAACCUCCCCGCCUCCGACUACAAACUGCUCGUGCUGGUGACAUUGAUUGCGGCCGCUGUCCGCUUGUUCCGCAUUUACCAGCCCAGCAGUGUUGUGUUCGAUGAAGUACAUUUCGGUGGCUUCGCAAGCAAGUACAUCAAGGGAAAGUUUUUCAUGGAUGUCCACCCCCCUCUCGCCAAGCUGUUGAUCACGCUGGCUGGCUGGCUGGCCGGCUUUGACGGAAACUUUGACUUCAAGGAUAUCGGCAAGGACUACAUCGAGCCUGGCGUGCCGUACGUGGCAAUGCGAAUGCUGCCCGCUAUUCUCGGCGUUCUCACGGUCUCCUUGAUGUUCCUGACCCUUAAGGCGACUGGCUGCCGAACUUCGACCGCUGUCAUGGGUGCUGGGCUUGUGAUCUUUGAUAACGCGCUGACCACCCAAUCUCGCCUGAUCCUGUUGGACUCGCCCCUCAUAUUCUUCACUGCUCUGACUGCGUUGACCUUCAGCUGCUUCACAAACCAGCAGGAAUUGGGACCCGCCGCUGCUUUCAAGGGCGCAUGGUGGUUCUGGCUAGCCGCUACGGGUGUUUCCCUUGGAGCUACUCUCAGCGUCAAGUGGGUUGGUCUCUUCACCAUGGCCUGGGUUGGGUCCCUCACGGUCCUCCAGCUUUGGGUCGUGCUCGGUGACUCUAAGACUGUGACUCCGCGAUUGUGGUUCAAGCACUUCUUCUCCCGUGUCUUCUGUCUGAUCGUUAUUCCCCUUGGUUUCUAUAUGGCCAUGUUUGGUAUCCACUUCCUCUGCCUUGUCAACCCCGGUGAAGGUGAUGGUUUCAUGUCGUCCGAGUUCCAGGCUACCUUGAACUCCAAGUCCAUGCAAGAUGUGCCAGCGGAUGUUUCUUUCGGCUCCCGUGUCAGCAUUCGUCACCACAACACCCAGGGUGGCUACUUGCACUCGCACAAUCACAUGUACCCCACCGGUAGCAAGCAGCAGCAGAUUACUCUUUAUCCGCACAAGGACGAGAACAAUGUUUUCAUCAUGGAGAACCAGACUCAGCCCCUAGGCCCCUAUGGUGAAAUCGAAGGCCCCUUUGCCUGGGACAACUCGUCCGUGAGCUUCAUCGAGGAUGGAGCCGUUGUGCGCCUCUACCAUGAGCUUACCCACCGACGCGUCCACUCCCACGACGAACGCCCACCCGUGACUGAGGCAGACUGGCAGUUCGAGGUCUCUGCCUACGGAUAUGAAGGAUUCCCCGGUGAUGCCAAUGACCUAUUCAAGAUUGAGAUUGUGAAAUCUCUCUCCGAGGGUGCCGAAGCCAAGAAGCGAGUGCGCACCAUUCAGACCAAGUUCAAGCUGGUGCACGUCAUGACUGGAUGUGUUCUUUUCUCCCACAAGGUCAAGCUUCCCGAGUGGGGCUUCGAGCAGCAAGAGGUCACCUGCGCUCGUGGUGGUACUCUACCAAACAGCAUUUGGUAUAUCGAGUCUAACACUCACCCCAUGAUGCCCGCGGAUGCUGAGAAGGUCAACUACCGCAACCCCGGCUUCUUGGGCAAGUUCUGGGAGCUGCAGAAGGUCAUGUGGACUACCAACGCCGGCUUGGUGGAGUCGCAUGCCUGGGACUCUCGCCCUCCUUCGUGGCCCACUCUUCUCCGUGGUAUCAACUUCUGGGGUAAGGACAACCGCCAGAUCUACCUUCUGGGUAACCCACUUAUUUGGUGGUCUUCCACCGCUGCUAUUGGCAUCUACUUCCUUUUCAAGGCUAUCGCGGUUAUCCGCUGGCAGCGCAGCUGCAAUGACUAUCGUCACAUCUCGUUCAAGCGAUUCGACUACGAGGUCGGCACCAGCGUUCUUGGAUGGUUCUUCCACUACUUCCCCUUUUUCCUCAUGGCCCGCCAGCUCUUCCUGCACCACUACCUGCCCGCUCUCUACUUCGCCAUUAUGGUUCUCUGCCAAGAAUUUGACUUCAUCACCAACCGUAUCAAGAGCCUUGGACUGGCAUCGAGGCCCGCCAUUGGCAAGGUCCUGAUGGCCGGAUUCCUGAUCCUCAGCAUUGCAGUUUUCACCCUUUACACUCCUUUGAUUUACGGCAACCCCUGGACCCAGAGUGCCUGCCAGAAGGUCAAGCUUCUGGAUGGCUGGGAUUUCGACUGCAACACCUUUCACACCGACCUGAGCCAAUAUGUCACUGAUGUGGACAACUUCAUGAAAAUCGUUCCGACUGAGCAAGCCCAGAUCCACAAUCUUGGGGACCACCAGCAGCAAGAACAAGCACCUGCCGCCGAGAUUUCCCAGCAACAACAGCCGGAAGAUCAGGCUGCCGUAACCCAGCCCAAGCUCUCCGGUUCCGUGGCCCGUGUUGAGUAUCGCGACCAGCAUGGCAACGUUCUCCCCGAGGAUGUAGUCGCUUCGCUUCGCGCGGAGGGCAAAGUCAAAUUUGAGACCCGAUAUGAGUCCCGCUCCAAGCUUGAGCACGCUCAAGAGAUCCCCAUCGUGGAUGGUCAGCUUGCUCCCCCACAUCCGGAUGUCGAGGGACAGAACCCUGAGACCGGCUCCGGAAAGCCCGAGGACUCGGUUCCACCCGAGACCCCUGCCUCAGUUGCAGAAGGCAACGUCCGCUCCGUGGAGAGCUCGGAGUCCCCCGAAGCCAAACCUGCCAGUGAGGGUUUUGAAGCUACUAAAUAAGCAAUUUGCUUCAAGGUCGGGGAUGCUAAAAUAUAAGAGGGGACUGGAAAAACUUCACACUAUGUAUCAUGAAACCUUAUAGCUAUUCCUUUAUCUCAUCGUCGUGAUUAGUUGCUUUUAAAGUGCUGCACAACAUCAAUUGUGAUAUGAGCGUUUCUAUUAUCGCAAUGGUCCAAUAGCCUUCCCAGCAUUGUAGCUUCGGGGCAAAGUGGAUCCUCCCGAGAGUUCCCGAAAAGCUCGACCCUCCUGGUCAGGCCACUAUCAGAACAUGCAGCGUAGAGACACGAAGACUGGACAGGAGAAAUGGGAUCACAGAUGACAAAUGAAAUGAAGAGACCGGUUUCCAAUUGACUCUUUAUCUGAACAACGGAUACUAUGCACAAAUCUUCGAUAAUCGCAAUGGCAAGCCCACCAACAACCCUCCCCCUUCGUCACCAUAACUGUAGUAUACAGCAGCCAGUCACUUACGUCUAAGUGACCAUUCGCUCUCGCACCAUCUUUUAAAAGGCUUCGAAAAAGCCGUUUAGUAGUCCCACUCCUCCUUGCCGUACUUGUUGAACUUCUCGUGGAGGUCCUAUAAGCAAGCACGAAAUGGUCAGCAUCUUGGAAAAGACAUGUUUGGGCAGAACUGCCGAGAUUAGAAGCGAAAGCGUCCAGAAAUUGUAGACGUGAGAAGUAUAGGAAUCGCGACUUGGCCGACGAGGGAAUUGGAGCGGCAUACCUCGGGGAGGGUGACGUUGGGAACAAUGACGGUGUUCAUGGCGCUGGGGGCAGCGCGGAGGGGCUGGUUCUUGUCGCCGUGGGGGUGGUACUGGUACUUGUAGACCUUGCCAUCGCCAGCCUCGGCGUGCCAGGGCAUGGCGGACUCGCCGAUGCGGACGUUGCUCUCGGAGUUGACGGAGGUGGGCUUGCUGCCGAAGUACCUGAUAUCGCAAAACACCACCAAUUAGCCAAUCGAAUCUUCAUAGUCGACAAGCUUGAGCUCCAAUGAACGCGUCAUCUCCUUUCUCGGUGGAAAGCUUUCGCAGGGAGUGGGUGUAGUGUCACAUGGAGCGCGGCUGUCGGGUAAUAGUUGUGGGAGGGGGUUUAUUCACCAGCCAGCGAGCAGGAAAGCACCGGACAUGACACCGAGCAGAACCUGAACACAUAAUUAUUAGAUUGAAAGGUCGAAUAGAAAUCAAUGGCAGUUCGAAGGCCGUACGUAGAGCUCAGGGUCCUUCUUGGGGGCCUUGUCGAGGCUGGCCUCCUCAACCUUGGAGGACAUGAAGCGGCGCGGGGGAGCGCGGAAGAUGGGCUGGCGAGCCAGAGCCCGGCGGGAAGCCAUGGCAGCGAUCGAAGACAUGCUUGCAGCUGGUCGUGCGUGGAGUUGGAAUUCGCGGAGAACUGGAGACGGG